UCUGCCGGAGUGACGAAUCAAAACAAACUUUUUGGCGAGGAAGCGAAACCGUGGCGCCGACUCUCUCCUGGAUUUUUGCUCGUAAUUCGUCGCGAUGAGCACGGAAACCUUGCCCGUUAACAAAGUUGUGGUCCACCCGCUCGUCUUGCUGAGCGUAGUGGACCAUUUCACGCGAAUGUCCAAAAUUGGCAGCACAAAAAGGGUUGUCGGCGUCUUGCUUGGUUCGUGGAGAUCCAAGGGUGUUCUUGAUGUCUCUAACUCGUAUGCAGUUCCUUUUGAUGAAGAUGAGAAGGAUAAAUCAGUCUGGUUCCUUGACCACGACUACCUUGAAAAUAAAUACCACAUGUUCAAAAAGGUCAAUGCCCGCGAGAAAAUUGUUGGGUGGUAUCACACUGGCCCAAAGCUCUACCAGAAUGACAUUGCAAUCAAUGACCUGGUCAGACGGUAUUGCAACAACUCGGUGUUAGUCAUCAUUGAUGCCCAUGCCUCAAACAUCGGCCUUCCCACAGAGGCAUACUACAGUGUAGAAGAGGUGCACGAUGAUGGAACCCCUACCACAAAGACUUUCGAGCAUGUAGCUAGUGAGAUUGGCGCAGAGGAAGCUGAAGAAGUUGGUGUGGAGCAUCUCCUGAGAGAUAUUAAGGAUACAGUUGUUGGCUCCCUUGGUCAGAGAAUCACCACUCAGUUGUUGGGAUUGAGAGGUCUCCACAAACAGCUCAGUGAGGUGGCAAAUUACUUAAGACAAGUUGUAGAUGGAACUUUACCAGUGAAUCACACCAUCGUUUACCACUUACAGGAUAUGUUCAACCUCCUGCCAGAUGUAACCAACCCAGCUUUAGUCAAGUCUCUCUACGUGAAAACCAAUGAUCAGAUGCUGGUGGUGUACCUGGCGUCCCUCAUCAGAUCUGUUAUUGCCCUUCACAAUCUUAUCAACAAUAAGUUAGCCAAUACAGAUGCUGAAAAGAAGGAGGGGAAAGAAAAAGAUAAGGACAAGGAUAAGGACAAGGACAAGGAUAAGGAUAAGAAGGAAGGAGAUAAAGAAAAGAAGGAUGAAUCAAAAGAUGAAAAGAAAUCAGAGGAUAAAAAAUAGUUAGGUUAAAAUGUAGGUUAGGAUUAAUAUUUCUUUGUAUGAUAAUGAAAUGCUUUGAUAUAAAAAGUUGGAACUCCUUCAGAAGUGGACUUCACUAGUUAUUUAUUAUAAGGUCUAAAGGAAAGACUAAUGAAAAUAAGGUAGAAAAUACAUAUUUUCAAAUUGUCUUUACAUUUUUUUUUCAUGAGAGGUUCAAAGGUCUUUGGUAAUACAGUGUUAUGUAACCAAAGAAUUUAUUUAUGUACAGGAUAUUGGAUUAAGUUACAUUGUGAAUUUUUUCUCUUCGGCAUUCAAUGGCCUUUUUCUAGUACUUCUGAAGUCCUGCUUAAUCAUCUGCAAAUUCAUUAUUAACAUUUGACUAUAAAUAUGAAACAAUCAAAUUAUAGUCCUCAUUGACAAAUAAGAGUAAUUAUUUUGUAUUAACUAAGCAUGUCCUUUGAUUAUAUCAUACAUAUAAAUGUUGUUCUAGAAUUAUUUAUUUGUUGAUAUUGAAGUGGUAAAAAAGGACAUUUUAAUAUCCAGUGUUUUGGUAUGUAACAUCUGCAUUACCUCACAGAUAAGCUGCUUCUGUUCUGGAGACUAGAAUCAUGCAGAACUUAGCUAAGAAAUUUCAAUAUUUUUGUUGUUUAAGACAGGUAAUAAAAGUUGGAUAUAGUAAA